AAGGCGGUGCGAAGGCCCGGCCUGCCCGCCAUGGAGUGCGCGGGGCGCGCUGAGGCGGCGGCCGAACAGCUGCGGCUCUACCGGGGGGACCCGGCCGGCUGGAAGGGCUGCCGCGGCACGGUGGGUUAUGCGGUGUCCUGGAGACCCUCGGCGGAGUUCGCCGGCAAUCUGUACCGGGGAGAGGGGAUCGUGCCCGCCAGCCCCCGGGAUGUCUGGGAGUGCAUCAAACCGGUGGCCGGCGGGCUCAGGACCAAGUGGGACCAAAACGUGAAGGACUUCGAGGUMAUCGAAGCCAUCAGUGAUACUGUGUCUGUAUGCAGAACCACGACCCCUUCAGCUUGCAUGAGGAUUAUUUCACCAAGGGAAUUUGUGGAUGURGUAGUAAUGAAGCAAUAUGAAGAUGGGACAAUGCUGUCUGCUGCCACCAAUGUGGAACACCCGCUGUGUCCUCCUCAACCAAAUUUCGUGAGAGGUUUUAAUUAUCCCUGUGGCUGUUUUUGCAUACCUGUUCCAGGGGAGCCAGACAGGACUCAGCUCCUCACUUUCUUUCAGACAGAUCUUGGUGGCUAUCUUCCCCAGACAGUGGUGGAUUCCUUUUUUCCAUCYAGCAUAUCUGGAUUUUACAGUAACCUGACCAAAGCUGUUAAGGGAUUAAAAGCAUGACAAGACAAGUUGCAGGCAUCACCAGCUGAGAGUARGAAACAACCUGUCAGCUGGUGCUGAAAAUACAAAGUUGGCCUCAGGACUUUUCUAUCAGCUAAGAUACAUAGGAAAGGUGACAUGAAAGAAUGAACUGAGUACAAUAAAUUUUUAAAAGUGUUUUCUACCUGACUCCAUGCAGAACAAUGCAUUCUUAUGUAAUAUGAAAUUCUUCACUUUCAUGAUUAAACAAAUACCACACCAGAGGCUGGAAGAAUCAUGGAGGCAGCAGUGGUGACUGUCUGCAGGGAGAAGAUGCACAUACUGGAUCUGUUCUUGGCCACUCUGACAGUGUCUGUGAGGUGAAGCAUUGCUGAAAUCCACAAAGCACCACAGCCAGGUGUGGGUCACUURUGUUUGGUCUCUGAAGCUCCCUGCAGAUUCCUGUGGAACAAGGUUUCUUCCCCUAAAGAUGUUUCUCCUGCUGCCAGCACUCAUAGAGUGGUGCUAGAGGCGUCAGUGGGACCAAGCCAGCAAAUGGUGAAAUGGGAUUAUGCAGAGGAUUUCAUUUGUUUUGUUCCAGCAGAUAUGAAUUUUGAUGGUAAAUAUGCCUUAAGUGCUUUUUUCUGAGUCAGGCUCAGCAGUGCUAAUCAAUUCACAGUUUGGGGGCUGGCAGACUCUCUCCCUUUCCCUUCUCUCUACCAAAACCAGUGGUUUCACAGUGUCAUGAAGCAAACUGAACCGACACAGAGGCAAUAAAGAAAGAGGAAUUGAGCACUUUACUUGCCAUUUUUUAAACUGCACUUGAAAUGACCAUUUUGAACUGCAUUUGAAUGUUUUUUUGGUUUCCUGUGGUGGGAGGUUUUAACGGGUAAAUAAUCUUUUCAGUAGCUUUGCCUUGACAAGCCACAAGGACGUUGCUUUUUUUAAGACUGGUUUGCUUCACAGCUUUAUAUUGGGAAAUCAGCACCUGAUUUUGUGUGCCAAGAU